AUGGACACACAACCUAGUACGGCCAAAGUUGAUCCUAAAACUGCUGUUGCAGGUGUUGUUGAUACGGUCAAUCGACGAGUAUCAGGCAAAGCAUGGAAACUUCAAAAAACUGCCACAACUCGAUCACAAAAAGCAAAGACGCUUCGAAACUCUUGGGCUAAGCGAUCAGCAGUGCGAACGAAAAUUAACCAAGUCAAGGCACUUGAAAAGCAAAUGAAGGACGAGAAACAAGCAGAAAAAGACGUAAGUUGUUCGAGCCUCCUUUCGAGAGGGAGUGGGCGCCGACUAGCUUUAACAGCGCGACUCGCUGCAAGUGAUAAGUAUCACUCACAUAUUUUUGGAUGGGAUACGCAUGUUCAACAGAGAAAGCGAGCAAUCACGUUGGAACGUAAAAAGAUCCAGGAAGAAAAGGAACGCAUGGAAGCUCUGGCAGCCAAGGUAAUAAAUUGA